UAAAAGUUGCCAUUCCAUUCAUUUGACGGCCGACUCCCUUUGGAACGCGGCGGAUUGCGAUCGGAUACCAAGACAAGGCAACGCGACCCAGAGCCAUGGACAGUUCUGCGAUGCUGCUGGUGCUUUGUGUCACCGUUCUGUCCUCCGUCUGCAGCGCAGAGUCCUCGCGGGACAUUUCUUCUGAAGACUUUGGAGGGAAAUCUUACACUGGCACGGAGAAACUCGUGGAUGCAGUGGAGGACCUACUGGAGAAGCUGGAUGCUCGCCUGCCACAGGAGGACAAGAGAAGCAGUAUCCCGCGUUGUAAUGUGGGUGAUCGCUGCGCUCUGCGUUUGGGCUCACGCAUAGGGACACUGUGCGACUGUAGGCGAGGCAGCAACUGCAACUCCUUCCUCCUCAAGUGUAUAUAGAGCAACGUCUCCUGCAGAGGGCACCAACACACUAAUGUCACACUGGAAGGCUGACAGCAACCUGCGCAGACGACAACUGCAACACCACAACACACAGUCUGUGUGCUUCUGUUUGUAUUCUGCCAUUUUAAUGUUUAUUUUUCUGAUAAGUACUUUUAACUAUAAAUGUGUUGUCUCUGUCUAAAAGCAGAAUGUGUAUAUUGUGUUGCUGAUGCUCAUUUUCCAUGUAGUGAAAAGACAGAAUAAAUAAUUUGCUCUCA